UGCUCUAAAUCCAAGGUAGUAUUUUUUCAUUAAUAGUCCAGACUUUUUUGUAUACUUGUGACUAAACUACUCUCUAGACCUUGAGGGAAGGCGAGCAGUACUUAGAUCUGGCUCUGCCCCACCCUAAUUCUGACAUCAGCAAGCGUCACAAGUAGCUGCUCCUUGGAAUCACCAGAAACAGGGUGAAGAGGAAAGUCACCAGGAGACCAUUCCAAAAUCUACCAAAAUCUAACUUGGGUUUUCAGCAUCACAGUAGAUUGUCGAAGAGGAACACGGGUGACAGACCCUUCUAACAAAAAGAAAUAUCAAAUGAGGUGUUCUAUUUUACUAAAAAAUCAAGUUGGUAUGAGCUCAGUUAAAUACCCACUAUGACACGUACCUCACUUUUCUUAGACCCAGAGCAAUCACUGCUGCACUUGACAAGGCACUGGGCAGCACUGGACAUUUUUUUUCUGGCAGAGCAUUACAUGUGGUUAUAAGAUGGGCAUACCACCUUUUUGGGUUUUGGGGCAUCCAGAAUCGAGGACUUUGGAAUGAAGACAUCAGUCUAUUUCACAUAUAACAUAAAAAUGUCAAAGCAAUUUUAUUUCUUAAAAAAAGUGGGUGGAUUGGAAAAUAAUACAUUUUUGACAUUAUGGGACCUUCUAGAGUCCUGGACUUCUAAAAAUAACUGGAUGGCAACCUUAUUUAUAAUUUUUCUGGGAAUUAUCUUUGCGAUCAUACUCAUAAAGAUUUGUACAGCCUUUCAGAAGAAGCCUGCACUUCGUCCAGAAAAGGAUAAUACAGAUGCCCACAAGAAAGAAGACAGUUGCCUUAAAAGCAUGAAAUUUGAUAACUGGUCAAUUCAUUCAUCUUCAGAAGAAAGAGUUGAUGACUUUUCAGAAAGAACAAUUACUUCAUCACUUACAUCUGAAGGAAAUGAAGGUAACUUUGGAGACAGAGUUUCACUGCCAGAUGAACCAACACGGGCAAGUACCAGUGAAAGUAAAUAUCGCGUAAGUCACUUUAGUGAAAGUCGUGAGCCAUCUUCAGAUGGUACUAGCUCGUCUUUGUCACUGUUUCAUUCAGAAGUACAGGAAAUUUUUCCAAGGUGCAGAGGGUGUCCUGAAAACGAACAUGAAACAAUACAGUUUUCAUCUAAGAAAUUAUUUUCCAUAAUGAAAGCCAACGAAAAUAAAAAUUUGAUGUUUUCUUCUGACUUCAACUUUUCAAGAAUUUCUAGAAUCAUUAUAGAAAGUGAAGAUCUAGAUGUGGCACCAUGCCCUCCUGCCCACUUAUUUCUUUCUAGAGACCAAGUCAGACUUCUGGAAGAAAAUGUGAGAAAUCAAAUUCCUUUAAAAUCCAAAGCUACUUUAGAGAGUAAAACUACCUAUCUGUACUCAAGGUCUCAAGAGCCCUUGAUUCAGAAUCAACAUUCUGUUAGAAUGGACAUUUCUGCCGAAGCACAAGAUUCUUUUCCGGGACAAAGUGCUCUUCCAAAUCAAGAUUUUUCUGAAGCCCAAUUUACUAGUCAAGCCCAACAACUUGUUAACAACCAGGAAUCAAUCAAUAGCCAGCCUGAUAUCAAGGCCAGAUACAUUGCUCUGCCUCAAGAUUUGAUGAGGAAACCACUUUGCAGCAGCACACAGGACUCCUUCCAGACCCAAGAUAGGGACAGGAGCCAACAUUUGGUCCUAGUCCCACAUUCUGUUGAGACUCAAGAUUCAAUCAAGGACCUAGAGUCUGAUACAAAACAUUCAGAAGAGGCCCAAUAUUCUGUUUGGUUUGAAGAUUCAAACAAGAUUCAAUAUUCAAUCCCAGGGCAAAAUAAUAUUUUUAAUAAUGCCAGACAUCUAGUUUUAACUCUAAGCCCAAAUUCAGUUGCUGAAGUGAUGCCACAACUAAAGAGUGUAAAGACAAAGGGCCAGAAACAAAUUGCUAGCUCAAAAUUAAACCAGUAUCCUGCAUAUGGCUCAGUGCCUCUUUCACCUACCAUGACCAGGCAGAAAAACAGAAGAAAAACAUUACACAGUAAAAGUAAAUUUAGUCUCAAAGUUCCACCUCAAAAGUCAAAGAAAACACCAACUUCGCGGGUAUUUCAAAUCAUAGUAUGUCACACUUCAGAAUGUAACAAGUUAAGACACAGGUAUAAAACCAAGAAGAAAGAGUUACAUCAAAGAAAAGGUAUAUCAGGUAUAGCAUUGUGUCUUAUUUAUGCUUUCAAGCUUGUUCCUCCUUAUAUUAGGAAGUAUUCCAGGAAAAGACUAGCGAAAUUUAUGCCAGGUUUAACAGGAUGUAGACAUUUUCUGCUGAAGCAAAAUAAGUCACUGUAUGCAGAGAAAGUCAACUAUGCAGGGCCUGUUGAGAAAAGAGGAACCUCAGGGCCUACUAAAAACGAAAAGCAUCAUGGCAGAGACAAUAAAGAACUAAAAAACAUUUCACCAAAAAUUCCACCUCAGCUAGAAGAGUCUUUCAUGGUCAAUACUUAUAAACAAAAAGCACCUUGUUCUUCAUUAAUAGAAACAAACUGGAAGAAUAAAGAGUCUCUUAAAGACCCAAUUUUACAAGCAAAGGAAAUGGAUAUUGCAGAGUUUUGUGCCCCAAAUAGUGAAAAAACAUCUGACUUGCAUAUUGCAAAGCAUGAGACACCUUUAGAAGAAGCUAUAUCAGCAGCUUUGCAGAAAUUUGAUUCCUCUCCCAAAAUGGACUCGGACAGAAGAAAGAAAACAUGGGAGGACCUUAAAAGUACAGAGAAUUCACAUCUUCUACUUACAAGUGGAGAGAAGUUACCAACUAGUACGUCAGAAAUGCAAAGGUGCUUUCCAAAGGGAAAUACCCAAGAAAAAGAAGAUUUUCUUGAAAUUGUUCUGGAGUCUUCAGAUGUCAACUUGCUCAUUUCACUAGUAACCAAAAAGCAUAAAAGCAGUGAACAAUCAGCAGGUGUAGAAAUUCAAGAGAGUCCAGAAGGUGUAAUUGAGAAGGAAGAGAAACCAUUAAUAGUUAAUGUUACAGAAGAUGGUGACCUAAGUGAAAGUGAGGAACUCGAAUGCAACACUAGAAGCAGCAUAAAAAAUAGGCAAGAUGAAAGAAUAUCUGAUGCAUUUCACGAUGCCACUCACAGUGCCCUUUCUGAACCACCUCAUAUGGAAACACAGAGUGGAUUAAAAACCAAGACAGAUACAUCAAGAAUAGGGCUUAGUCAUUCAGCGGUAAAGCAAGACGAAUUACCAGAUGACAAGAAAACAUGGAGUGCAGAAUACAUUGAGAAGAGUUGUAUAUUUAAAAAACCACAGGAACAUGACAGAGAGGAAGAACAACAGGCUCUACAAGAAGCAGAUCCACAGCUAACACCAGGUUUCAGGUUCAGUCUACAACUAAAGCAGAAGCCCAAGUAUGUCAAAUUUGAAAUAGGACAGAGCUGUUCAGACAGUAGAACAACUCAUAAUGAAGAGCUAGAGGUACAACCACACACUCUUUCUACAGAAACGAUUGUGGGGACUGGUCCAUGCCCCACAAUGGAUCCAUUUCAAGUUGAGAAGGUGAAGCAAAGCACAGACGGACCUACAGGCAGGGAAAAUGCAGAUCCAGUGCAUCCUCUUACAGUGUCAGAGAGCUUGCCAGUUUUAACUGAAACAACAGAACAUGGUGUCGCAUUCUGUGGAAGCCCCGGAAAGCCCCUGGAUGAUCAAAUUGCAGAAGAAAAGGAAGACUUCAAAAGAGUUUUACCUGAAGUUGCCCUGGGGUCUUUCCAUAGGGGUAUGCUUCCUUUAUCAAAUGUGAAAAGGCAGAGAAUCAGAAAAAAAUUACCAGAAACCAAAAAUGUACUCUGUCUCAACUGUGUAAUUAUGAAAGUAAAGACACCACCAAUACAUCGUAGAAGAAGAUUGAGAGGUGAUUUCAAAAUCAUGAUUAAACAAAUACUGCAAGAUAAAACUGUGGCACAUAUGUUUCUGAAUGUUAUUGACCCUCACGUGUCUAUUUUGCCUCAUAUUAGAACACACAGCAGAUUAAAUGCAGAGAAUCACAGUCAUACCAAGGUAAAACAAGAGAUAUCAGAAGUUGAAAGAGAAGAAAAGUGUUCAGAUACCAUUACUAAAGGAAGUGACUCUGGAGACACAACAGAAGUAGCUAAAUUGCAAGAUGAAGUGAGUGGGGACAAAGAAGCUUCACCAGAAGCAGUCCUUGAGGAUUGCUGGAACCUCAGAUUGGAUGCAUAUCCAGAGAAAGAGCUUAAAACAAAGAAAGAAAUGCAACAACCAAUCACACUUGCAGAAAUCAUGAUGGAGUCUGUUUACUCGGCCAUAACAGAUCCAUUUCAUGCUGAGAAUAUGAAGAAAAGCCUGACCACACAAACAGAUUUAAGAUGCACUGCAGAUUCUGAGAUGCCUCCUCCAGCAUCAGAAAAAUCACUGAUUGGAGACCCUUUAACAACAAGAGAUAGUGAUGUUCCAGAUUAUGGAAGUGAUACAAGGGAAAUGGUUUAUUCUUUUGAAGAAACAAAGGCAGAAUUACCCAAAGAUUUACCAGAAAUUUUCCCAGAGACUUUUAAUUGCCACAUGCCUGUUUUACCUCAUUCUAAAGUGAAGAAAAAUAGAGUAAGAUUCUCACACCUAGAAAGUAGAGUGAAGUCCAAGUCUGUACACAUGAAGGCAUUGAAGCCAUCAAUUUCACAAAUAUGUAAUAUCACAGGUCAUAGAAAGAAACUGGAAUCUGACUUUAAGGCCAAGUUUGAAAAGGUCAACCAAGCUAAUGGGCUGGUUUAUGAAUUUCUAAACACCCUUUACUCUCCUGUGUACAGCAGGUUACAAGGAGAGACAAACAGCUUCUGCCAUGCUCAGGUAAAGCUCCAGGGACUAGCAGGUGAGGGGAGACCACAGUAUGUUGAUUUCUUUGAUAAGAGUAGUGCAUUCUGUGACAGAGAAGAAAAAGUACAAGAUGGGGAGGAAGAGGAGCAAAAAACGUUGCUAGUAACUGCUCCGAAGUAUAACCAGUACCUCUGGAUCAAUGGGUAUCAAGGGAAAGAGACCCACCUUGCUGAACCAGACCCAGCACUGGACCGUUUAACACAGGAACAAGAUAUACAGCACCGAACAUGCUUUACACAAACUGCUUUGCAGACUGGCCUCCAGAUGGGUCCUCGAGAAGCUAAGGAACUCCAGAAGAUCAACAAACCAGAAGAUGACAUAACAGCCCCUACGGGUCUGGAGAUUCCAGCUCCCAAGGCAGGGGAACAAGAUUUACCAGCUCCAGAGACUAGCCAAGGCCUCAUAUUCAAUAUAUAUCAGAAGAAGGAUCAUGACCUUGUCAAAUCAGAUGAGGAACUGAAACAACCAGGCAGUAUAAAUAUUCAGGUACAACCACAAACACAUUUUGCACAGAUUAUUUUAAGCUCUGCUUCAUGCCCUACAUUGGAUCAGUUUCAAAUUAGAAAGCUAGAGAGCUAUGCUAGGUUUCCACCUCCAAUGUCAGGAGAAGCAGAGAUUGAUGAACAAAUAUUUUCCGCAAGAGAAUGUGGUGUUCCAUCUGAUGCAAACCAUCAAAAGGAACAAGCUGAUGGUAUUGAAAAGAAAGAGACAGUGACUUUAGAUUUCUGCCUGGCUUCUUUAUCUAUAUCCAAAAGCAAGAGAAACUUCAAACAAUAUUCAGACAUGAAAACCUUAAUGAAGCCCAAAUGUGGAAUUUCAAAAGCAAAGAAACCAUCAAUUUCAAACAUGCUCAAUAUCAAGGGUGGUGCUAGCCCAAAUCAUAGAAAAGAAUUGGGAUAUAACUUAACAACCAAAAUGAAAGAGGUGGAUCAAGGUGAAAAAAUGGCAGAUGACAGGUACUCCCUCACGUCUGUUAUACCUGCCAUUAAUAGGUAUAGCAAGAGAGAAAGGGAUAAAAACAUGUUAGGAGAAAAAAGACUCAGUUCUAAACAAGUAAAGCGAGAGAUAUCACCACAUGAAGGUAAUAUUACUCCAGAUGACACCAAAGAAACCAAUCUUCAAGAUGAAGAGGAAGAAGAAGGUGAACAGGAGAUGUUGUUAAAGAUAAUUCCACAGUACAGCCAGCAUUUCAUCUUCUGUUCAGGCCAGAGGAAGGAGCUUGACCUUCACAAAUGGGGAAACAAAGGACGUGGGAAAAUUCUGUUUGUUACAGAACAAGACGUCCCACGACAAACACAGCUUCCAGAUCCAACCCAGGCAGAAGAGCCAAAGAGAAGCCAGCAGACACUAAAUGGCACGGUGUGGUCAGCGAAUGCAACCCUUCCCUUUCUAAAGUCACAGGAAUCACUAACUGGUCCAGUUUUAAUUGAUACAACGAAAUGUGAUGUCCCAAGUAAUGGGAGAUGUACGGGGGACCUGUACGAUCAUGGUAAACAGGAAAAGGCAGAGUUUAAAGAAGAGGUACAAGCAACUGUCCUAGAGCUAGAGAAAUCACCAAGUGAUGGGGAAGCAUGGGAGGCCAAUGUGACUGAUACACAAAGCAGAUCCAGCAACACAGGUAAAAUGAAUGUGCCACACAGAAAGGAAGAGGAAAAUAUCCCAGAAAUGUUAACAGAAUCAGUUCUGCACUAUAGUCAACACUUCCAUCUCAGUUCCCAUCAUAUGAAAAAUCUUGGCCCUUGCAAACCCAAAUCUAAACUGAAUAGUUCAGAAUGCAGAAGGACUUGGAAUUUGUCUUGUGCCAUGCAAAAUAUGAGGCAAGAAGAACACGUUAGAGAAACUGUUUUAGAGACUGUUUCUAGAAACAUGAUGAAUUUUAUUCGAGUACAGACAUUGAAGAAAUGUCUUCAUACUCAAGAGGGAAUACAAUAUAUGGUAGGUCUAAAGACCCCAUUUCCAAAAGCUAGAAAAUCAGAGACUGGUUCCAUACAAUGUGAUGGUCUCUGGGAUGGAAAUCCGAGGAGGAAAUGGGAUUGUCCUAUUUCCAAGAAAAAGACAUGGAAUCAAAGUGACUUAGUAAGAACUGUCUUAAAGCCUUUAGAUUUCUCCAGCCUUGAUUCAUCUGAACCCAAACGCCAGAGUUACACAUUAGAGGUUGCAGACAAGAAAAAUACAGUGAGUCCCAAGCAGGUAAUUCUGGAGGCAGAGAAACCAUCAAUUUUACAGGUGCUUAAUAGCACAAGGUGUCUUAUAGGAAUCCAUAGAAAAAAACCCCACAAAGUUAAGUACAAGAUAAGAGAGAGGCAAUGGAAUGAAAGUGUGAGAGAGACAUUACUCCUCACCACUGAGGGAGCUAAGAUUCCAACGCCCAAGCUAGUGAUUGAUCAACUCUCAUUCAAUACAGCAGCGAAGGACACUCUGUAUAAUGACAGAACACGUCACAAAAAUCUGGGUGGUCUUAUUACAGAGAAAAAGGCAGAGUCGGAGGAAAACUCAGCCACAACUCUCUUGGGGCCUUUAGAUUUAUUCACGCCUGUUUUAUCUGACUCUGAAAGCCAGAUAAACACAGUACAAGAGAAAAUCAUACUGAAUCCCAGAUGUUUAGCUCUGAAGAAAAAGGAGCCACUCAUUUCACAGAUACUUAAAAUCAACAGGCAGUUUGCCACAAAGCAGAGGACAAAACUUAGAUCCAAUUUAAAAACCAAAAUGAAAGCGAUUUGGCAAGGUAAAAAUGUGGCUGUUAUAUUUACAAAUGCCAUUUACUUCAUGUUGGAUACCUCUGACAUUAAAAGGCAAAGCAGAUUCAAAACAGAGAUAGACAGAAUAUCAAGGUUUAGUCCUGUACAACCAACACACAUGGAGUUGCCAGUUGAAAGCCGAGUGAUUUUACAAUCAGUUAAUGCCACAGUUCAUGCUGCUUUAAGCAUCAGUAAGGAACAGGAACAGGAACAGGAACAGGAGGUGGGCAUUGAGAGAGAGAAAACUGUGUUAAAUGCAGACCUAAAAUCUACAGAUGCUUCUAUGUCUAUUCCACCGCACAUAAAAAUGGAGCAGUCACCUAGUACCUGGGGUAACUAUGAAGAAUCUUCUGAAAAGAGAAAUGCCCUGAACAAAGCAAAAGUUACAGAGGAAGAAGAGUAUGAACAACAGGUUUUGUUUGGAACACCUCCACAAAAUACCCAGCCAUUUGAGUUUCUACAAACGAGACAGCAAGAACCAUGUGUCUCAGGAACCAUCCAGAAUUCUGCUUAUGCUUACAAUCCUAAAUAUCCUAAAAUCAUAAAACAGAAAGCUAAUGCAAAAGCAGCAGGUGUGAAAAACACUACGCAUACUGAACAGGUAAAAUCGAAGGCAAAGAAACCACUUGUUUCCCUGAUGUGUAACACAACAGGGUAUGGAACCCAAAGCAACGAAAAGGAAACAAGGUGUAACAUCAAGAAACAGAAGCCGGGGUUCCAGCAAGGUAAAGCUGAGGUAGAGUUCAUUCUGAAAACUAUUUGUGACUCUGGGUCUAGUCCACCUCAAAUUCAAGCAUUGAUGGAAGCAGAAAGGGAGAAAGGCAAGGCACAAAGGCUGAUACACAUUCCUCCAGAGCCAAAGCUGGAGAAAGCGCUAAACAGAAGACAAAUAGCAUUUUCACAGUCCAUUGCUAAGAGUGCUAAAUCAAGAAAUAUUAAACCACUGAAACAAUAUAUUAGAGAGCAAGAAGAAGAGUACCAAAUUGCUUCACCAGACGUUCUCCCACAAUGUAAAUACCGAUUCGUGAUGAGCCAGCCACUGAAGGAGCCUGAUGAUGUCAAAUUCACAGAUUUGAAAAGAGAAGUAUAUCCUGAUCGACAUUCACGAAAGAGGGAAACCAACUGCACUACGUUUGACAUCUCAAGAAUUAGAUUACACACAAAACACAAAUUCCUUAUCACACCAGGAGUAAAGGAGGGAGAUGAAGACAUGACCCAACAUCCAUUUCCAACUCCACAGUGGAGAGAAGUGUCCAAGAAAACGGACAUUUCCUUAAGUUCAAAAGGACAGAAUAUGUUUCUUCCAGAGUUGGAUGCUUCUCAACAGAAGACUUGCAAGGAGCAGAAACUGCUGAAACAAGGAAGUAUUUCAAGGACACACCUGGAGCAUACUUUGUAUCCCAUUAUGGAAACUCCUCAUUUGAAAAAUACAGUAAAGGUCUCUGAGGAAGGUAUGCACAUUGACAGAAAAAAUAUUUCACAUCUAUUGGGAAGAGAAGGAUUAAGAGAAACUGAUAUCUUACAAGGUUCAAAAGGACAGACAUUUCUUUGUACAAAUGUAGAGGCCCAGCGAUAUAUGUCUGCAGUGCAGAAAGGAGAAGUGAAACCAGAUCAUGCUCCUGAACGGAUUCUGGAUUCGUUAUCUUGCCCCAGUGAGGAGCCUCUUCAUGUAAAAGGGGCAAGAAAUGCAACAGGGCAAGAAAAUGUUAACAUCCCUAUCGUUUCAAAUGUAAAUCCAUGGAGAAAAGAGAAACCAAAGUUAAUGGAUAUUCUGUCAAAAUCGAAUGGACAGAAAAUAAAGUUUUCUAAAAAAUGGAGGGCAAAGCAACAAAAUAGUUCUAACCAGAAGGAAGAAAAUCUUCUGGAAUCAGUUUCCUCUUGCAUAUUGCAUCAACUCCAUAUUGGAAAGCGAAAGAAAGAAGUCUCAGCCAAAGGAAUCAGUCCAACAGUUUUGAGCCCAGUGGUAGAGAAAGCAUCAAACAAAGCAGAUAUUCCAGUGGAUCAACCUCCAUGCUCAGAAGGAAUUAAUUUGCAUAUUAGAGGAAGAAAAGAACAUCAACAAGAAAAUACAUGCAAGGCUCUUCCAACAUCUGUUUCUCAUUCUUUGAUGAAUAUACUUCAGAUUAAAUUGUUAAGGGUAACGAAAGCACUAAAGGAAGUCGAUAGUCCAACGUACCUCACUUCAAAUACAGAAGGAAUUGGCUUUCCUAUUGCAGGAAGAGAAGAGCAACCAGAACGUAUACAACAUAUUUGUCCAAAUCUUGCUUCUGACUCUUCGAGAGAUAUAUUUCAAAGUAAGAUGCUGUAUGAAAAGAAGGCAUCGGAAGAAGUAGUUAGCACAGUGGAUUACACUCCAAGUGCAGAAGGAAUUGGUUCGCUUAUUACAGGAAAGGGAGACCAGCAAGAGAAAAGUACUUAUGAGGCUCUUCCAAAGUGUGCAUCUCACUCCCAAGCAGGUCUACGUCAAACUGAUACCCCAGCGCAAGAAGUAAAACUAGAUGGCACAAAUAGGAUGAACUGUGAAUAUUCACCUCCACAGGCUAAGGAAGCAUUAAAAGGAAUGGGUGUUAUUGUUGGAUAUAUUCAAAAAAGUGAAGAAAGACAAAACUUACCCAGUAUAGAACAAAGCCAGCAGCACUUGCUGACUCCCUCUGAGAAUCUUCUGGAGCAUACGUCUUACCCUCAAAAUGAUCCCUGGUUGCUGCCACAUUUAACACCUCCAACAAAGGAAGCAUUAUCAGAAGUAGGUAGCGUGUCAAGCAGGACAAAAGGAUUAGACUUGAUUUCUAAAGAUCAACUAAAUACCGGAUGUGAGCAUGGCCUGGAAUGGACUGUACCCUCGAUUCCUCCAAGGCAAACAACAAAACAAAAUACAAGACCACCUUUAGAAUCAUUCACUAAAACUGUAAAAUAUCAGAAUGUCUCAUUGUCGAAAGGAGAGCAAUCACUGGAUGGGGCGCAGGUAAUUGAUUCAAUAUCAAAUGUUAGCUCCCCCAAGCUAAGAGUUAGAAAGAAUGUGCAAUUACAUAAAGUGUAUCAAAAAAAGGUGCAAAAAGAGGUAUGUCUACCUGGAUUAUUUUCACAUUCUCUUUCUAUCCAUAUGCCUCUUUUGCCUGAAAAUAAAAGACAGAAGAAUGACUUAAAGCAAGGAGUUAAGAAGGGCAUAAUACACCCCCAAAGAACUUUGGAGAAAUUGGUAUUUUCAAAUAUAUUUAAUACCACUGACGGUGGUAGCCCAGGCAAUAGAACAGAACUGCAGUGGAGCAUAAAAGAGAAAAUGGUAAAUAUAAAACAUAGAAAGGUCAAACCCGAUUUGGUUUUGACAAAUAUAUAUGAGUUCAUCCCUUCUUUACCUUACCUCAAAUUGAAUAAAAAGACAAUUGAUGAGAUUAUCUCAAAUAAUGUAAAAAGAAUAAGACAACUUAUAUCACAGAAAAAGGAGAAGGAAAGAAGAAAAGUCAAUAUGAAAGGAAUAAUGGAUCCCAACGUUAUCUUGAAAGCAAAGAAAUCAUCACUGUCACGUAUACUCAGUGAAAAGGAAUUGCCAGGGCUGUUGAACAUUAUAAAACAAGAGAGCAAUGUGCAGAUAGGUAAAGGUAAAUCAGGCGUGAAACUGACAAACCUGUUUACUUCCUUACCAUCUCUAUCACAUCCUAAUUUGAAUUCAAGAACAAAAGGGGGAAGAGAUAAGUCAGGAACACCAUGGAACUGCCUUCCACCACUAAACCUCCAGGCAUCAUCAAAUAUCAGGAAAACAUCAUUUGCCCAGUCAAUUAAUAGAGACAGUUUAAGCAACAUAAUAGAAUCAAAACAAUGUUUGCCCCAGAAAAAGAAGGAAGAUGGAGACAAUAUAGUAUAUAUGAAAGAUAUAAGGGGCUGCAGAUGUGCCCCUUUUAAAAGAAAGAAAAAACUUUUUACACAUACACUGCAUGGAAACGAACCACAGUGGAACAAUAAAGAACAAGAGAAAAUGAUGCAGGAAGAUAAGAGUGAUCUAGUUGUAGUUCAGAAUAAGCCCUGUGUUUCCAUUCUGUCUUCACCUCACCUGAAACGGGGUCCUGCAGUGAAACAAGAGGCAUACAUGCGAGGAGUGUCAGGGUUCUGCCUUCCACCAUUGACCCUCCAGGGAUUGUCAGAUGCAGUGAUAAUAUGUGGGGAGCCAACUGAUGAUAUUUUAAGCAGCAUAGAAAGAUCAAAAUGUAUGUCACAGGAGAAUGAAGAUAAAGUGGAAAUGGCUUUGGAAGAGAUAAGGAAUCCCAAAAGAAUAGCUUUGGAGGCGAACCAGUCUCCAAUUGCACGGGAAUUACAGUUGAACAUCAAAAAGAAAGAGGAAAAGAUGCAGGAAGAUAAAGAUGAACGAGUUGGGAUUCAGAGAAAAUCUUGUGUUUCCAUCUCUUCUCCGCCUUACUGUGAAGUGGACACAAGAAGGAAAGGAGAAGCAAUCAUGCUAAGAAAAACAAGAUCCUCUUUUCUACAACCAAAACUCCAGGAUUCAUCAGAUACAGGAAACAUAGCUCAUAAAAAGUCUGUUUAUGGUGAUAACUCAAACAAUGUAAAAAAAGCCAAAGAACAUAUAAUGCAGGAAGAAGAGGGAAGAGUAAAAAUGGCAAAAGUCCUACCUUUGGAGAAAAAGAAAUCACCAAGUUCACAGGAAAUCCAGUUGGACAUCAAAGAACAAAAGAAAAAGAUACAAAGAAUUCAGGGUGAACCAAGUGUGAUUUUGACAUGUACUUCCAUACCUGCUACUUCUUUUAAACUGGAUACAAGAAUAAAAGAGGAAGACUACAGAGCUGAAGUAACAAGGUACUCUCUUUCAGAACCAUCACAACAGAAAUCAUCAGAUGUAGUGACAAAAGAAAAUAAAGGGUUCAUCAAGGGUGAUGUCACAAGUGAUGUACAAGCAGCAAAUGAAUAUAUGCCCCAGAAAGGAGAGGAUAGAGGAAAAAUAGUAAAUAUGAAAUAUAUAAUGUACUCCAAAGAGACAACUUCUAAGGCAAAGGUAUUAGCACUUCCACAUGUACCCAAUACCCCUGGCAGGUGUAGCCCCCAAAUUAGAGAAGUACAGACAAACAGAAGAGAAGACUUGGGACAUGUACAGGAAAGAAGAAGUGAACUAGAUGAGGUUCUGACAGAACCCUGUCUACCUCAAUUUACAUUAAGCAAAGUUAUAGAAGGCAAGAAAGAGAAGCAAGGAGUAAUAAAACCCGGUAUUCCAUCCUCAUGGCACAGGGAAUCGUCAAAUGCAGAGAAAUUAAAAUACACACUGUCAGCUGUGAAUGAUAUCUCAAGUGAUUUGAAAAGAACAAAAUACAUGACACAGAAAGAAGAGGAUAAAGCAAAUAUUUUUGUGAGAGACCUAAUGCAUCCCAAGUGCUUAGCUCUGAAGGCAAAGAAAUCACCCCUUUUCCAUACACUCCAAGCAAAGAAACUGCAAGUGAACAUCAAAGAGCAAGUGAAAAGGGGGCAGGAAGGUAGAAGGGACACAGUCGUGCUUCUGAGCAAAAUUUUUCCUUUUGUCACUUCUUCAGUUCAUCUUAAAUUUGACACAACAACAGAAGAAGAAGGUGGUCCAGGAAUCAUAAGGAAUUAUGUGCCACCCCCUGAGCUCCAAGAUUCAUUGCCUUCAGUGCAGAUAGCAACUCCAAAGUCAACUGACAGCCACAGAAAGAAAGGAAAACAACAUCCACCACCGAAAGAAAAGGACAGAGUACAAACAGCAGCCAUGAGCAGCUCAGUGCGUGCCAGUGGCACAGAUUUCAAGGCAAAGACAUCAUCCCCUCCUCAUGUGUUCAGUGUUGCUGAGCACGGUGCUCUGAGUAGGAGAAAGGAACCAUGGCCGAGCAUUGAGGAGAGAGUAGAACAGGGGCAGGGAAGAACAGAAGACCUUGAUGUGGCUCCAACAAAAACUCCUCCUUCCUCGCCUUCUCCAUCUCACCAUAGAUUGGAUGCAGGAACCAAAGGAGACGAAGACUUGCCUGCAGUUGCAGGAUUCUCUCCUUCACCAUUUCAGCUCCCUGAGUCAUCAGGUGCAGGGAAAAUCAGAUAUGCAGAUUCCAGUCAAGGUAUUAGCUCAUGUAAUGGAAUAAUUAAAACAAAUGGACAUAUGCCAUAUAGAGAGACAAAGCUCAGAGUAAAAACAAAAGACAAGAAAGAUAGAAUAUACCCCAAAAUAAUAACUUUGGAAGCCCAUACGUCCCCACUUACACAUCUACUCAGUAGAAACAGACUACCUUUGAAUGUCAAAGAGCAAGGGAAGGAAGUGCAGGACAGCAAAGGUGAGCCAGAAAUGGUUCUGAGGGAAACUCGUGCCUCCUUACUUUCUCCAUCUUACCUGAAAUGGGACACUAGCAGGAAUGAAAAGGAAGACACAGAAAGAAUAACACAAUCCUGUUUUUUACCACUGAAGAUUUGUGAUCCAUUCAAUCCAAGCAAAAAAGCAGAUGCUAAGUCAUUUGAUGGUUAUUUGUUAAAAGACGAAGAUAGACUCAAAACAGGUAUUGAAGACAAAGUGCUCCCAAGUGAAAAAGCAGAUACUAGGUCAUGUGAUGGUUAUAUGUUAAAAGAGGAAGUUAGACUCAAAACAGAUACUCAAGACAAAGUGCUCCUGAUAUCAUUGCAUCAGAACGCAAAGGAAUUACCACUUUCACAUAUACGUGAUACCAAAGAACUGAAGUGGAAAAUUAAAGAGCAAAAGAGAAAGGUACAGAGAGACGACAGUGAACUAGUCACAAAACUGAAAAACAUCUAUACUUCUUUACUGGCUCUACCAUAUCUUAAAUCUGAUACAACAGAAGGAGAGGGGUACAUGAUAAUAAUUACAAAAUUGCCUCUCCCACUAGCACAGUCCAAGGAAUCAUCAGAAUAUGCUGAAACCAGUGAGGGACAACUUUCAAAAGAUGUAAAAAAAUUAAAAGAACACAUGCUACACAAAGAAGAGAAGGAGAGAGAGAAAUAUGUGGAUAUGAAUAGUACAGUGGACCACAAUAAUAUGGAUUUCAAAGCAAAGGAAUCACCUAUUUUACUUACAUACAAUCUAAGUGACCUUCAGUGGAAAACUAAAGGGCAAGAAGGGAAGGUUCAGGAAGAUAAACGGGAGCCGGGUGAUGCAAUACUGACUGAGACUUGCACUUCUAAAUCUUCUCCUCUUCGCCUUGACAAAAACACCAGCAUCAGAGAAGAGGGCAUGCCAAUGUUAUCAAGACCCUCUUUUCCCCCAGUAAACUUCCAGAAAUCAUCAGGUUCUGAGGACGUGGUACAUGCAGAGCCAAUGGCUAGUGAUACUAUCAUCAGUCCCCCAAAAGAAAAACAACAUUUGCCCCAGAACAAGGAAGAGGAUGGAGUAGAAAGAGGAAACCUCAUGUCCCCCAAACACCAUGAAAAGGAGAUGCAGGAAAGUAAAGAUGGACCAGGUAUGGUUCUGACCAAAUCUUCUACUUCAUCACCAUCUCUCCCUGCCCUCAAGUUGGAUAAAGAAGUACAAGUCAAUGAUGAAAUGCUAGCACUUAAAAGGUCUGUUUUGCCGAGAAUAUCAUAUGCAGGGGAAAUGGUACAUACAGAUUCAAUUAGUGGUGAUGUCACGAAAGAUGUUCAAAACCUGACCAAAUCAUCUACUUCAUCACCAUCUCUCCCUGCCCUCAAAUUGGAUAAAGAAGUACAAGUCAAUAAUGAAAUGCUAGCACUUAAAAGGUCUGUUUUGCUGCGAAUAUCGUACACAGGGGAAAUAGUACAUACACAUUCAAUCAGUGCUGAUACCAUGAAAGUUGGUCAAAACCUGACGAAAUGUUCUGCUUCAUCACCAUCUCUCCCUGCCCUCAGAACAGAUAAAGAAAUACAAGUCGACAAUGAAAUGCUAGCACUUAAAAGGUCUGUUUUGCUCAGAAUAUCAAAUGCAGGGCAAAUAGUACAUACAUAUUCAAUUAGUGGUGGUACCAUGAAAGAUGUUCAAAACGAGGAACAACCUAUGCCUGAGAAAGAAGAGAGGGAAAGAGAAAAAACGGUAGGUAGGAGAGGUGCGAUGCACACCAAAGAUAUAACUUGGAAGUCCAAGAAGUCACCUUCUUCAUAUAUGCUCCACAGAACAGAAUUACAUCUGAACAUUGGAGGGGUAGAGCAAAAGAAACAGGAAAGUCAAGGUAAACCACCCAGUACGGUGGUAAGAAACAUUUAUGUUUCCAAACCUCCAACUAAGCUGGAAUUGGAUAAAGGUACACAAGUAGAUGAAGGAAGGCUUGGAAUUAAAAAACCCUCUCUACUUCCACGAAUGCUUUCAGCAUUAUCAGAUGCAAAGAAGAGACCAGCUACGAAGGGAAUUGGUAGUGAUGUAAGAAAAAGAAAACAACAUAUGUCAGAGAAAGAAAAAAAGUAUGAUGUGAAAAAAGGAGAUAUGAGGCUCAGGACACAUCACAAAGAGGCAACGAUUUCACCAAUACCACAUGUCCUUAGUACAAAGGAAUUUGUGUUGAAUGUUAUUAAAGUGCCAGGGGAAAAAGUGCACAAAAGUAAAGAUGAACCAUGUACGGUUCUGACAAGAACUUUUCUUUCCAUCCCAUCAGCACCUCUUUAUCUAGAGUCAGGGAGCAAAAUAGACCAAGACGCACCAGGAAUCAUGGGAUCCUCUUGUCCACAGCAGAAUCUCCAGGAAUCAUCAGAUACCCAGAAAACAGCAAUUAGAGAGUCAGCUGCUGGUAAGAGUGAAAUUGUUAAAAAUGCAGAACACUCGGUGCCAGAAGAGGCCAUGCAACAGUGGACCUCAAACUUCGUGAUCAGUGUACAGCGAAGGAAAGAACCUCCACGAGUCAAAUCUGAAGGAGAUUUGAGUCGGUUACUUUUAAAUCCACAGCAUGAGGACUUUUAUUUCACAGGAUUUGAUACCAUUACAAGUGGGAAAAGGCUGGAAUGUUUCUUUUCAGGGCCAGAGGCUCAGCGAGAAAAAUACAAACCAGAAACUUUUACUAUGGUUCUUUCCUUCCCCAUGAUGGAUCUAACUAAAAUCGAAAAUCUGAAGAAAGAAACGGAAAUAAUGAAUAACUUAAACCAUAAAAUAAGUCCUCAGGUUUUAGUUUCACUUCCAAGGAAACUAUCCAAGGACACAUAUGCCACACUUGGCUCCCCUGUCAGUUCAGAAGGAUUUUCUGCUUCAGAGCAAGGUGCCUGCCAACAAGAAACUUCAUCAAAAGCAUCUCCAGGAUCUGCAGAGUCAUGUAAAUUUGACAGGCCAGAGGAAGACAGACGAAAUAAUGAAAAAAUAAGUGAAAUGUCUUCUCCCAAAGUGUUAGCACCACAGACAAAGGAAUCACUUGAGAAAAUGAAUAUCACAGAGUCAAAUGACCCCCAAAAUAUAGAAAAAGAAGUUGUCAUGAAAAAGCAAGUGUUGGUGCAGUCUGGGAGUGGACAGAAGACCAGGGUGGAUUCUAGCCUUUCUCUGAAGAUUCCACUUCAAAAUGUAAAGCAGAAGACACCACUGGAAAUAGAUAUGCACAAGCAAACUACAGUGUACCCCGGAAUACAAAUACUACCAGGAAUACACAUGGAUAUUACAGAGUUUGAUGCCCAAAGAGGGAACAGGGAGCAGACACUGCUUGUUCCAGAACAAGAGGAACACAGUCUAGAAUCACUUCAGAAGUCUAUUUCCUUCUGCUGGACUUUUGCACUUCAAUCUGGAGAUCUGGAGGAAAAAAAAGAAACUGACACAAGCUCUACUAGAAAUCUGGUGCAAAAAAGGUUACAAAUAAAAGAAGAGAUAUUAAAAAUAGACACAAAUAUAGCUGUCCAUCUGAAAGAGGACAAAAUAGAAAUGCACAAACACACCGUUGUUAAUCUGGAGAAGGAGACAAUAAAAGUGGACACAAGCAAUACAGUGAACCUGAACACUGCAUCUCUAAAGGCAGAGGAACCUCAAAUUAAGACUCAGGUAAUCACUCAUAUGGCAAACAGCUGCCUAAUCAAGCAAAAACAUAAAAAGGAACGAGAAGUGUCUGGUGCAAAACAAAACAUUCAGCUACAAAAAAUGUUUCAAAAACAUGUUCUAGAUUCAUUUUACGCCUAUAUUCCUCUUUCUCCCAAAUUUGGAGGCCAGAAAGGCAGAUUAACAAUAGCAGACUUGAAAAGAGAAUUGAGCCCCAAAUAUUUAAAUAUGAAAACCCCAAAGCAUCCAGUUCUACAGAUUAUAGGCAAUACGGGACAUGGUACUCCAAGCAAUCGAAAGAAAUUAGAGUAUAACUUUAACAAACCAAAGAAAAUAGCUUUGUGGAGAGAAGAUGCCUCAGGAAUAUUUGUCAGAAGUCUUUCUAUUUCCAUAAUGAGUCCGUCUCAGACUAAAGAAACAGUAAAAUCUGAGACAAACCUAGAAAGAGCAAAGAGAACCCGCCUUUCAAAAUUCCAGAAGUCACCAAACACUAGUGAAACUGUGAAGAGGGGCAGCUCAAGCACUGUAAAAGAAGGGGACCAGAAUUUUACAAAGACAGUUCCACAGGAUUCCCAGCCCUUCAUGGUGGAUGAACAACAAAUGCACAAACUUCCCAGUGUCAAAUCAGAAGCAAACCUUAGCAGUGAAAUAUAUAGAAAUUUAGCUCCACAAACAAAAGAAAGUGUUGUUCCAGGCGAUCAUAUCUCAAGGAUAGUAAAAGAACCUGACUUGCUUAUGAUCAAGAAAGAGAAGGCACCAAAAUGCAUUAAGACACGUACAGAGUGUCCAUUCAUGUCUGAAGAUCCGAAGGAAAAUGUGGAAAUUCACAAGAAAAGUACCCUAAAUAUGAAUAGUUUUCCUCCAUGGGUAGAAGAACCACAAGAUGAGACUCAACUAUUUGAUACCAUGGAGUGUGCCUCGCCACCCAAGCAUAAAUGUAUUCAUUCUGGUGUCAAAGUACCAAAACGAAAAAAUGGAGUUUUGUUACUUUUUGAGGAAAAAUCUCUUCAUCAAAUAGAUCUUGAUUUACAAUACAAAUACCUUCAUUUUCUCCUGGGCUCUCCAGUCAAAAGUAUGUUCCCUAAGCCAAAUGCACUUCCCAAACAUAUUCUUAAAUUACAGACAGUUGCAAUACAUAAAAAAGUAGACAAUAGUGGAGAAAGUGGUCAUCUUUCCAUCGAUACAAGACCAUUAGAAGAACAUAUCUCUUUCAAAAAGCAAAGUUUCCAUGAAAACUCAUUAGUCAGAAAUUUCUUGGAGCCCACCCAGGUGUGUGCCUCUGACCCUGAUCAACACAACACAGUGCGGAAAGAUACCAUGGCUCUUUCAAAGUUAAAAUCUCAUGUGACUCCAGAGAAAGAUAAACGAUGUCAUGUAUUGUUUCAAGAAAUAAAUACAUGUGAAUCUGUUGAUUUAAAGACUCUGGAAAAGACUCAGGAUUUAAUUGAUUCCCAUUCAAUUCAGAAUUUUGAAGAUUUUACUGAUAGUCAGACAAAUACUGAGAGUUCAGAUAACUUGCAGGAAUGCUCAGCUCUUGAUGUACAUGAGAGUGAAGAAUGUAUGUUUUUAGAUGCCAACUCUUAUUUAAGUUGGAAAUCACAGACUAGUCUGUUUGAAUUACAGAAAGACAUGCCUGUGGAAAAUCUCUACAAGAAGAACAAAAUCAAAACUGAUUUGAAACCACUUUACAGUGAAGAUUCAGGUUCCCAUCAUAUUAGAGGCUGUCAAAAACAUUCCUCAAUUGUGACGCCACCUUCUUAUGAAUCCCACAAAACCAGGAAACAUAGGUCAUCCUCCAAAAUGACACCACCUUCUUAUGAAUCUCACAAAAGCAGGAAACAUAGGUCAUCUUCCAAAAUGCGAUCUCCUGACUCGUGGUGUCACAGUUCCUUAAAUACUGUAGAGGUUUUCUCUGUAUCAUCUUCCGUUCUGUUCAGCGAAGAGAAGCUUUCGCAGACUACAAGAAGUGGAAAGCAUUAUCCUUUAGUCCCCUUAACAGAAUCAGAUAUUAAAUCACAAUUUGCAAAAAGCCAAGGCAAACCUCACAGGCAUUCAGAAAGCAAAGAACAAAAGAAGGCCAAAUUGGAUUUAUCUAGAAAGAACAACACUCCUUGGGAAUGUGAGGACAGUUAUACGCAGAGUAAAGAGAAACACACAAGAAAGGAGAAAGUACGGGAUUAUGAGUCAGAAAGAUCAGAUUAUUUCCCAAGCAAACAUAAGUCAGCAUCAAAACCUCCUCAAGAGGAUAUCAGCUUCCAUUCUGAAAGAACACAAAACCAGCCAUUUUUUUAUGCCUGUAUACCAUCAGACUCGCUGGAGAUUAUACCCCAAACCGUUCGCUGGACUAUUCCCCCCAACAUUUUAAGGAGGAAGAACUUCAGAAUUCCCCUGGUGGCCAAGAUUUCAAGUUCUUGCAACAUAUGGAGUUCAUCCAAAAAGCUGCUGGGGUCGCUGUUAGGGUCCUUCAGCCUCGUUCGUCAAAAAUGAUGUUACCAUAUCAAGAUUCAUCUCGAGGGGAAAGCUGGUCACUCUUGUGAUAUUCUUUGAAAAAUAAAAUCAUAUAAAGUCAAAUGGUUUCCUCAUGAAGUGUUUUCUAAACUGAUACCUUUUAUUUCUACAGCAGAUUUGCACAGUUCUGGGAGGGAUGGAUGGGAAAGCAGAUGAUUUCCAGUUUGGUCCAGCCGUGCGUGAGAUCUCCCCUCAGUUUGUGCUACCUCCUUAUAAUCCCCAGAGGAAAAGCCCGCAGAUGCCGAAGCCCCCUUCCCACCCUCCCCACGCCCCCCCACCCAUGACUGAAGGGUGAGUCGGAGGAGUUC